UUUAAGACAAUGAGCUUUAACUUUUAUUUUGGUUUUGAUUAUAAUGGUCCAACUCAAAACCUCAUCAAAAGCAUCUAACAACAUUCUGAACUUCAACAAGGUUUGUGAUUGUUGUAUAUAGGAUAAAACUUAGAACACAUAGAAAGAUGACAAGAAAACGGUCCUUUUACAUGGAUUUUCUGCCACCUGUUGUGAUUAUAGGCAAUGAAUGUGUUGACAUGGCUUUACUGACUUUGUUCAAAGCAGCUACACUUCAAGGGAUGAACAAUCAUGUCUUUGUUGCCUAUGCUUAUGCUGUUGCAACUUCUUUUCUCCUUCCUAUCACUUUUUUUAGAAGAAGAUCAAGAGUGGUUCAUCCACUCAGUUUCUCCAUAAUAUGCAAAAUUGUGCUUCUUGGAGCGAUAGGAUCUUCAUGUCAAAUUAUGGGGUAUAUUGCUAUUAAUUACAGUUCUCCAACACUUUCUGCAGCAAUUGGUAAUCUUGUACCUGCUUUCACUUUCAUGUUAGCUGUUAUUUUCAGGAUGGAAAAGUUAGCUGCAAAGAGUAGAAGUAGUAAUGCUAAGAUACUGGGGAGCAUAAUCUCAAUAGUAGGAGCUUUUGUGUUGACUUUUUACAAAGGACCAUCCAUCAUGCAUUCCUCAUCUCUUCAUCAACCAAUUGGCUUUCUCAAGUCAGUUGAUUCAAGUUGGGUCAUUGCUGGCAUUCUUCUAACAGUUGAAUAUCUUAUGUUUUCACUAUGGUACAUUUUACUGGUACAUGUUUUGAAAGAGUUCCCAGAUGAACCAACAUUAGUCUUGCUUUACUCCAUUACUGCCACCAUCUUAUCAACAGUUGUAGCAUUGUUAUCAGUUCCAAAUGCAAGUGCUUGGAAAAUAGGACUAAAUCUCUCACUCAUCUCCAUUGUUUCUUCCGGAAUUUUGGGAAAAUUAAUAGGGAAUAUAGUUUAUGCAUGGUCAAUGCGUUUAAAGGGAGCUGUCUAUGUAACAUCAUUCAAGCCACUCCAAAUUGUUAUUUCUGUUGCCUUGAGUGUUAUAUUCCUUGGUGAUACUCUUCAUGUUGGAAGUAUAAUUGGAGCCUUAAUCAUCUCAAUUGGCCUUUAUGCUGUAAUGUGGGGCAAAUCAAGAGAAGAGAUAGAGGAAGAUGUUGGUAGCUCAGAGUCACCAUCUACAGAUAAUGCACCUCUAUUGCAAAGCUGUAGAAUUGAAACUUUUGAAAACAAAACAAAUGGAAUUGUUUAGAAAUAUGGUUAUCGAAUCUAGAUUCAAUUAUCAACCAAAAUUCAUGUAUGUUGAAUCAUGAAUCUAAUCUUAUAAUGAAUUAUCAAAUAGAUGCGCCAUAAAAAAUGAUAGGAAAAAGGUAAAGGAUUGCGAUCUUUUCUAUAGGAAUGUGACCUUAAAUUCCAAUAUUUUUUUUGUUUGAA